AUGAUCAAAACGGUGUCUCCGAAAUGUCUGAAUUGCCCCACGUUCCGCGCAGGGAAAUGUGCAGGAACAGCCAAGCGUCUCGUGGCAACUGACACAUCGCCAAUUACUCGCAAAGAUAAGAGAGAGGGUGAUAUCUCUUCCGUGUUCACAUCUUUCUCUGGCAGAAAAAGUGUGCCUCUGCCCGAACGAUUUCGAGAUCUAAAGCGUAACUUGACUACCGGGUUUGAGGACCAAAUUCAGAAGUCAUGGGAUGAGCUUGUUGAGGUUCUCAAAGUACGGACUGAAGAAGUCGCAACUAAGCGCGAGAGUAUUAUUCCUCAACUGAACUUUUCCGACAUACAAGCUGGCAAUGUAUCUCCGGCGAACAUUGCUGCCAUUCGACGAACUGGUGUUGCUGUUAUUCGUGGCGUUGUGGACAAAGAUGUCACUGAAAAGCUUCUUUCGGAUGUUCGCCAGUAUCUGACUUCCCGACCCUUCAAAGGAUUCCCAUCUACCUCAGACAAGAAGGUGAUCUAUGAAUCAUAUUGGAGUCCCUCCCAAGUGAAAGCGAGGUCACAUCCUAAUAUGCUUGCUACACAAGCGUGGAUGAAUCAGUUAUAUACUGCAGAUGCCAACCAAAAAAUUGAUAUAUCGGUUCCACUCAGUUACUGUGACCGAAUUCAAAUUCGCCCCCCUGGCGACAAGCUUUUCGGGCUUCCACCUCACGUCGACGGUGGAGGUGUGGAGAGGUGGGAGGACCGCGCUUAUAAUCAUACCUACCGCAAAAUCUUCCAAGGCAAGUGGCAGGAGUACGACCCUUGGGAUCUGACUGGCCGCCUUGAUGCCAACAUGAACAUGUAUGAUGCGCCAGGCGGCUGUUCAGUCUUCCGCACCUUCCAAAGCUGGCUCGGGCUGUCUCGCCAUGGACCCCAGCAAGGCACUUUGGUCGUUCACCCAAUUUUGCAACCUACUACUGCUUACUGGAUGCUUCGACCCUUCUUUAAGCCUACUCGAAAGGACUCCCUGGAUGGAUGGAAGUUUUCUCUAGACGACGACGAGGGAGAUAUUUUCCUGCAUGGGGCCAAUCCUGGAACUGCUCAAGAACACACCCCUACCCUCCAUCCUCACUUGAGACUCGCCGAAACUAUGAUCCCAUAUCCCACAGUUGAGCCGGGUGAUACUGUGUUCUGGAGUGCUGAUACCAUCCACGGCACGGAAAUGGAAAACACAGGCAACAUUGACGCUUGUGUUUUCUACAUUCCUUCGGUUCCAUUAACCCCUAACAACAUGCAAUACGUCAAGCAGCAGCGCGAGGCCUUCUUGAAGGGCGUCCCUCCGCCGGACUUCCCGGGUGGGUCGGGAGAGUCUCAGUUCUCUGAUAGAGCAACAAUUGCUGAUAUUCAAUCUGAAGCCGGUAAAGUGGCAAUGGGCCUUAGUCCCAUCAAGCUCAAUGGUAAAGAUGAAAAGUCCAAGAAGCUAGGGCAGAACAUGAACGCGAUGUUGGGGUUUUAA